UAUAUUCGCUAUCAAAACCAACAUGUUGCAAGCAUCCUUACUGCCCAGAACUGCUCGCUCUUCUAUUCAUGCAUGCAAGACGCAAAUGCGAGCAAUGCAUGACAUUGUCAAGCGAGAAAAGACGGGCAAGACGUAUACUUCACUUGGUCCAGGUGGACGGUCAUCCUCUUCGGGUCAAACUGCUACUGUUUUUGGUGCUACUGGAUUCUUGGGUCGAUAUGUGGUCAACAAUCUUGGAAAAAUUGGAACCACUGUUGUGACUCCUUAUCGUGGAUCGGAUGAUGAGCGUAGACAUUUGCGUAAUAUGGGUGAUCUUGGUCAAAUUGUUCAGUUGCGCUUCGAUCUCCGUCGUGAAGAACAAAUUGCAGAAUGUCUGAAGCACUCGGAUGUUGUCUACAACUUGGUUGGUCGUGACUAUGAAACAAAAAACUUUAAUUUUGAACAAGUUCAUGUUGAAGGUGCACGUCGACUCGCUCGUAUUGCCAGAGAAAAUGGUGUCGCUAGAUUUAUUCAUAUGUCUGCCUUGAAUGCAUCUGAAAACUCUCCUUCACAAUUCUUGCGCACAAAGGCACUUGGGGAAAAGGCUGUUUUGGAAGAAUAUCCCGAUGCUACAAUCGUGCGCUCAGCCACCAUGUAUGGUGAUGAGGAUAGAUUUUGGAACCGUAUGGGCUGGUUUGCCAAAUGGGCUCCAGGAUCUAUUCUUCCAGUUGUCCAUAACGGCAAGGCACGAAUUCGUCCUGUCUAUGUGGGUGAUGUGGCCAUUGUUCUUUCUAAAAUGCUCCAAAACGAUGCUUCGGUUGGAAAGAUGGUUGAACUCUACGGUCCUCGCGAGUAUCAUUACCGCACUCUUGUCGGCCUAUUUCAAAAAAUUGUCCUGCGCGAGCGAACUAUUCUCAAUAUCCCAAAACCCAUUGCCAAACUUGCCGCUAAAAUCUGGGAUCAACUCCUUGUCUAUCCCGUUAUUUCUCCAGAUGACAUUGAAAGACAAUGUAUCAGCGAUGUGGUGAGCUCAGACCACUCUGACAUUAUGAAAUUCAAGGACUUUGAUAUUCUUCCUCACACAAUCGAAGAAACUAUUGGUCGAUUUGUGCUUCAUUACCGACCUGGUGAACUUUACAGUGCGCCUUUUGAGCCCAUCAAAAACCAGUACUCUACAUCUCAUAUUAAAAUGUAGAUGGUUUGAUAAUGACUGAAUGGAGUUUGAGGAUUUGAAAUAAAUCUUUUACAUUGCGUUGGCUAG